GAACCCCGUCCCUGGCCCCGGUUCCCCAUUGCCUGCCGCCAGCCGCGAUUUUUUGGUGACGACCUCUGAAAGAUCACGACGACGCCGCGCCCAGAAAGAACCGCGAGUUGCUGGGGAGACACCAACGUACAUACAUACACACAACAUCCACGAUGCUACGCCAAUUACCACUCCGAGCAGCAACAGCUGCCCCCAGCCGGCUGCUCCUCCGGCCCUCGUCCUCCACCGCCGCAUCCGCGCGCCUCCUCACCACCGAAGCAGCAACACCAUCAUCAUCAUCACAGCCCACGCCGCCGGCCCCCUCGUCCCCUCCCUCCCCACAACAGGGGUCAAAGCAGCUCUCCUACCUCGUCGAGCGCACCGCGUCAAGACACCUCUCCGUCUACAACGACGCCCGCGCCGGCGGCACCAAGAAGCAGACGGUGGUCAAGAAGAUCGUGGGGGACACGAGGGCCCUGCGGGACGAGCUGGUCGAGGAGCUGCGGUUCCCGAGGGACGAGGUCAAGAUCAACCCCGUCACGAACCACAUAAAGAUAAAGGGCUUUCACGCGGACAAGGUGCAGAAGUGGCUCGAGGCGCGAGGGUUCUAAGGUGUUCUCAUGUGAGAGGGAGGGGGCAGGAUUACAAGCAAGCAAGCAAGCACCAACCCAACAAGGAGCCACACACAUAUCCUUGGGUGUCAUUAUCAGCCUUGGAAGACGCCCCGCCACAACACACGUUCGGUUGUAGCAGAAAGGCUGCCGAGGGGGCUGUACAAUAUGUUGCAAUAUACCCACGAUGAAGAAGAACGCAUCUACGACGACGGAACAGGGUCACGCCAUGUCAUGUCACGUCUUGUCAUGCUGGCUUCGAGCGCAACGCCCCGCCUCUUCUGUAGGUAGGUAGGUACUGUUGGGCUGUCUGGCUCGGCCUGACCACUGGCAGUUCCCCCCAGCCUAAAGGUGUCGUCAGGUGUACAGGCAUAGGGGGUUGAGUCUGUCGCCAUGUGUUCCAUAUAUUCCAGAGGGAGGCUCAACCCGCGCCCUCGGAAAUCCCAACCCACAUGCAUACACUGUCGCAAGUGCCAACGUGGUCUACAAACCCCAGUUGCCCUUGACCGAACAACUCAAAAAAAUAAAAUCGGGACAGUUGCCAUUAAUUGAUUGUACCUAUCCCCGCGCGGUAACAAACCCCGUUACCAGUUCAUUGAUCAAAGUCCCGAGCAAAAAAGGAGGCCUGUCUGUCCGUCAUCAGACACAUCAGAUCAGCCCUGUCCUUGCCUUGGGUCGGCGAUGCGUUCAUGUCGCGCGCACUCCCUCCCUUGCCCCUGGGCCAUUUCGUAUGGGCGCAACCAGCGCAGUCGUGGGCAACGCCUCGUACGCUCGUUCGUUCUCCCACAGGUUUCCUCUCCAUCUUCUUUCUUUGGGUGGGGGGCUCUUUUUCUUCCUCCUCUUCCUUGCGAAUCGUCUCGACUUCCGCAGCCAUUUUCUUUCUUUCAAGGUCAAAGAACAACGCCCAAGGCAGAGGUGCUCCCUUACCUCCGCUCUUGUCCACCCCGUAGAGUAGGUAGGCUCCUGAUAUCCUCAGGUAUUUCCGGCCACUGUGAUCCGGCGGGCCUCAUCAGGCCCGGCACCGGCACGAUCAAUCAACAAGACAACAACAAGACCCCAGCGAGAG